CGGAGUGCGCAGGCGCAGCGCAUCGAGUGGACAUUUUGGUCUUUGUCCGCGGGUCAGUCCGGCCCCUGGGUCCACGUGGCGCGAAAAUAGGAGGGUCACUUCCUUGUGCAUCGUCCUCAUCCUUCAGAAGGCCGGGAGGCCCCAGGGCUCAGCCGAGUUCUAGGAGAGAACUUUGGCUCCAGCAUUAACAUUCUAGUGCUGUGUCAUUUCCCCAGUAGCAGGUUGUGAACUGAUCAGGCUGGAUGUGAUCCUCUGUUGAAGCACGAAGACGAACUCUGGAUGGUGGAGAAAGAAGUGGAAGGGAAGUUUGUUCAGAAGAAGCUUGAGAAGAUGAUGAACAGAUAGAUUGGCAACAAGACUUGGGAGACAAGUUGCAUCCAGCUUCAAUAAAGUACAGACAGAAAAAAAGCAGUGACUAAGAAAAUUGGAAAAGUGCUUCCUUUGAUAUCAGACUAUCUUUUAAGGCAACAGCCUUUUCAACCUAGAGUUUGAAACACAAUUUAGAGUUAGUUGUGUAGGAAAGAAUCAUCGAUUUAAAUAGUGUGGAAAUCUUCCACAGCUUACUCCUUGUAGUGAUAACCCUUUUUGUAAAAGGGUAUAAAAUCAGUGUGGAAAUGCCUUCAUUAAAAAUUUGAACCCCACAUGAUAUCAGAGCAUUCAUACUGGAGAGAAAACCUAUGAAUUUGCUGAAUGUGGGAAAACUUUCAUUUGUAUGUUGCACCUCAUUCAAUGUUGAAGUCAGGCUGGAGAGAAAUCCUGUGCUUCUAAAGAAUAUUGAAAAUCCUUUACCUAGAUAACAUCUCAUUGAGCAGAAGAAAAUUCAUACUGGAGAGAAAUCAGUGAAGGUUAUAAAUUUCACUGAAUAUUUAGAAAAUUUAGAGUUAGAAAGCUCUGAAUGUACUGAUUAUGAUAAAGUUUUCUCUUGAACCUUAUCUCUUACUCUACAUUUGAAAGGCCAUACACAGAGAAGCCCAGCACAUGUAAGAAAUGUGGAAAUACCUUCAGCUAAAAGUAAAUUUCCAUUCAUCAAAAAAUUCAUACAGGAAAGAAACCUUGUGAAUGUGGGAAAGCUUCCAUUCAGAUGUCACACCUCAGUCAGCAGAGAAUUUGUAGUGGGGAAAACCCCUUUGCCUGUAAGGUAUGUGGGAAAAUCUUCAGCCACAAAUCAACUCUUACUGAGCAUGAGCAUUUUCAUAAUAGAGAGAAACCUUUUGAAUGUAAUGAAUGUGGAAAAGCAUUCAGCCAAAAGCAGUAUGUCAUUAAACAUCAGAACACCCAUACUGGAGAGAAGCUUUUUGAAUGUAAUGAAUGUGGAAAAUCCUUUAGCCAGAAGGAAAACCUUCUUACCCAUCAGAAAAUUCACACUGGAGAAAAACCUUUUGAGUGUAAGGACUGUGGAAAAGCUUUCAUUCAGAAGUCAAACCUCAUCAGGCACCAGAGAACUCACACAGGAGAGAAGCCCUUUAUAUGUAAGGAGUGUGGGAAAACCUUCAGUGGCAAAUCAAACCUUACUGAGCAUGAGAAAAUUCAUAUCGGAGAGAAACCCUUCAAGUGUAAUGAAUGUGGAACAGCUUUUGGUCAGAAGAAGUACCUCAUAAAACAUCAAAAUAUUCACACUGGAGAGAAACCUUACGAAUGUAAUGAAUGUGGAAAAGCCUUCUCUCAGCGAACAUCACUUAUUGUACAUGUGAGAAUUCAUUCAGGUGAUAAGCCGUAUGAAUGCAAUGUAUGUGGAAAAGCCUUCUCUCAAAGUUCAUCUCUUACUGUACAUGUGAGAAGCCAUACAGGUGAGAAACCCUAUGGUUGUAAUGAGUGUGGGAAAGCUUUCUCGCAGUUCUCAACCCUUGCUCUACAUUUGAGAAUACACACAGGUAAGAAGCCUUAUCAGUGUAGUGAAUGUGGGAAAGCUUUCAGCCAGAAGUCACACCACAUUAGACACCAGAAAAUUCAUACCCAUUAAAAUCCUGUGGAUAUCAUGAAAGGUGUUCAUCAGGAAUUUACACCUUAUAACACAUCAGAAAUAAUCAUUCUGAAGGAAGGCAUCACAAAUGAGGGAAGCAAAAGCUAAAAACUUAAAGGACACCAGAGAAUUCAUCUUGAAGAGAAAGACAUUUGUGUGAUUAAAAUCCUGUAUCCAAUAAAAAACAUACUGCAAAGGUAAUACUGAAAACUUUAGAUGCAUUUCCACUAAAAUUGGGAGUGGAAAACUUUUUUAUGAUUGCCAUCUGCAUGAAUUUGGAGAUCUUCACCAGUGUAAUAAAAACAAAGCUAUAAGUAUUAGAAAGAAAGAGACUUCUAUGGUAUUGAUUUAGCAGAACAGAAGAGAUUCUGCAAAAACCUAUGCAUUUAUUAGAAUUUAUAAUAUAGAAAAGGCAUCAGGAGCUGAGAAGCUAAUGAGACUAUUUUAAAAAGUGCUUUGGAGGUAAUUUGUUCUCCAAGGGGGGGAAAAAUAGAACAUGAACUAUACACAAAGAUAAGGGGAUUGGGUUAAAAGCAGAAGUAUGAGAAAGCUAUAUAGUAAAAUGGUUAUGACCUUGGGAAUGGGAAACAUUCCUUAUGGCAAAUUGAAAAAUAUCUAGCAAUUCUACUCUGAGUUUGUAUGCUCAGGAAAUUAUGUACCAGACUAUUUACUGUGGCAUGAUUUGUAGUACUCAUUAAUUGGAAACAAAUGCGCAUCAGGAACAAAAUGGAAAAUACUUAUGAUGGAAUACUGUAUAUCUGUAAAGUGUAAUAAAUGAGAUCUAUAUGUAUUAGAAAGAUCUCAGAAGUCAUGUUGAGGGGGAAAGAGUUGCAGAAUGACAUAAUACGAUGACAUUUUUGUAAAUUUGAAUGAAAACUUCCUCACAGAAUUUCAGUGCUAUAUAUUGGUAAUGGAUACAUAAUAUGUAUGUAUGUUUUUUAAGUGUUUUUGAAAUGGGUUGGAAGGAUACAGACCAAACUCUUGAUAGUGGUUGCCUGUGAAGAGUGGAGAAGGGAAGGGAAUGCGUGUGGGGGAGGGGGCUGUUAGAGGGGGACUUCAGUUUUAUACAUAAACAUCAAUUUCUCUUAAAAGACUGCAAAAAAAUAUAUUGAGAUACUGGUUAAUUCUGGAUUGUGGUAUAUGGAUAUCUUGUCUUAUUUUUUGUACUUUUCUGUAUUUUUAAAUUUUCUCAAAAUUAGUAAGUAUGGGGGUGAGGAUGGGAACACUCUGUACCUAUAGAAAUCAUGUUCUAAUGGAUUCAUUCCCAAUCAACUACUAAACUUUUUAUAGGAAAUAUUUCUAAAAUUUUAUCAAUGAGUGGAUGGACUUGCUCUCUAUGUAGUAGGAAAUUAUCUAUUUUAUUAAAAUUAAAACUGACAUUAUAAUCCAAAUGUUUUAAUUUAUUUAUAUCUUCAUGUUUCUGACACUAUUUUGUGACAUAUCAUUUGAGCUUAGGAAGUUUUAAGAACAUUUAGUUAAAUAAAGAUAAACAUAGACUUCAUAUAAUUUGUCUUUUUUCAGAUAAACUGACUUUGGAAUGACCAUUUUACAUCUUGUACAUUUCUGUGGAAACAGCAUAUGCGUUAACAAGAAAGUUUUUGAUUAUUUUAUUUUUAAAAAGAGAAAAUCACUCAGCAUCCCAGAACAUCCACAAUUUGAAUUAAAUGUCAACUCUUAGAUCUCA